AGGUAGUCGGAGACACAACAAAUAUGGCGGCGGCGACUGCGACGGUGACGAACACGGCGGCGGCGGCGGCGGCGGCGUUGAACAAGGCGGUGGGGUUUAUUCGGUGCGGUUGUCAGGAAAUCUCUGUAUGGCUUUUCAAUUUUAGUUGAAAUUCUCUCUCCAUGGCCUUUUGGAGUCCCUUGCUGUAUCUCCAGAGUAAAUUUCAAUUACUCUACAUUUCAUCAAUGUUGGAGUGGCAAGAAAAAGGAGGAAGUGAUUUGGGGUGAAGAGUUUUUUUUUCUAGGUAUAACAAACUGUAAACGUUAAACGAGCAAAGAUGGGUGAAAAAAAACCAGAGCCUUUGGACUUCGUGAAAGAUUUUCAGGAAUACCUGACUCAGCAGACCCAUCAUGUGAACAUGAUUUCUGGAUCAGUUAGCGGGGACAAAGAAGCAGAGGCUCUUCAGGGAGCUGGAACAGAUGGUGAUCAAAAUGGACUUGAUCAUCCAUCUGUUGAAGUUUCCCUGGAUGAAAACUCAGGAAUGUUAGUAGACGGGUUUGAAAGGACCUUUGAUGGGAAGCUCAAGUGUCGGUACUGCAACUAUGCCAGCAAAGGAACAGCCCGGCUUAUUGAACACAUCAGAAUCCACACAGGUGAAAAACCUCAUCGAUGUCACCUUUGUCCAUUUGCAUCUGCUUAUGAGCGUCAUCUGGAAGCCCAUAUGCGUUCUCAUACUGGAGAAAAACCAUACAAAUGUGAAUUAUGUUCCUUCCGCUGCAGUGAUCGAAGUAACCUGUCCCAUCAUCGAAGGCGCAAGCAUAAAAUGGUACCAAUUAAAGGUACUAGGUCUUCCUUAAGCAGCAAGAAAAUGUGGGGGGUUUUACAGAAGAAAACAAGCAAUCUGGGCUAUAGCAGAAGAGCACUAAUCAACUUAAGUCCACCUUCCAUGGUGGUUCAGAAACCAGACUACCUUAACGAUUUUACCCACGAAAUCCCAAAUAUCCAGACUGACUCCUAUGAAAGUAUGGCAAAAACCACACCAACUGGUGGCCUUCCAAGGGACCCCCAAGAACUCAUGGUUGAUAACCCUUUGAAUCAGCUCUCAACGCUAGCAGGGCAGUUGUCCAGUUUGCCACCUGAAAACCAAAACCCUGCAUCCCCUGAUGUAGUUCCCUGCCCUGAUGAAAAACCUUUCAUGAUUCAGCAGCCCUCUACCCAAGCAGUAGUUUCUGCUGUAUCAGCAAGUAUUCCUCAGAGCUCCUCUCCCACAAGCCCAGAACCUCGGCCGUCCCAUAGUCAAAGGAACUAUAGUCCAGUGGCAGGUCCCAGCAGUGAGCCAAGUGCUCACACAAGCACUCCCAGCAUAGGGAACAGCCAGCCCAGCACCCCAGCACCAGCCCUGCCGGUCCAGGACCCUCAGCUUCUGCACCACUGCCAGCACUGUGAUAUGUACUUUGCAGACAACAUCCUUUACACUAUUCAUAUGGGAUGUCAUGGGUAUGAAAAUCCUUUUCAGUGUAAUAUAUGUGGAUGCAAAUGUAAAAACAAGUAUGAUUUUGCCUGUCAUUUUGCAAGAGGGCAGCAUAACCAACACUGAUUCAAAAUAGUCAUACUUUACUUAGUUUUGCUGUUUUGUGGUUUUGUUUUUGUCAUCUCCUAAUAAGGUGUCUGCUAAUUUAAGGUUUAUACAUUAUAUUUAUAGAAUAUAAAUUUGACAGUAGAAUAAAUUUUUUUUUUUUUCCAUAAAAAUCUGGUCAGGGUCAUUUAUAUAUUAGAACAGUUAGACACAUUGGUGUCUCUAUUUUCCUUUCCAUUAGACAUUGGAGAAUUGGAGUGCAGUCAUACUCUUACAGGGUGUUCAUUUGAAUUUCUCACAUUUAUGUAAAACUUCAAGGCUUAUCCAUACUUUUGAUGUUUCAAUAUACCCCGAACUACAUGUUAUUUCUGCAAUAUUUCAAAAUGAUAGAAUAAAUUACUUUUUUUAACAGAAUUUAUUACUACUCAUUUCAGUGUUUAGUAGAGAAAUUGCCUUAAAAAUUGCUGUUAAUUGAAAAUACUAUUUAGUUCACAUUGCUUUAGUUGAAUCAGUAGUUUCAUUUCAACUGAUAAUAGUAAAGCUAUUUCACUGUAGUAAAUUUUUCUUUUUUCCACAAGGGGAAAUGUAAAACAGUUAAGACUUGAAACUGAAAACUGUUUUAAUAUUUAAAAUAACUUGUUUAUUCAGUGUCUAAACACAUUUCAGUUUUCCAUUGGAUCUUUAUUUUCACAGGUAAAUGCACUAGAGUGUUAGAUAGCUUUUUUCCCCCUCGGUUUGACUUUAAAUCCUUCAUUCUGACAUUAUUACUGUUAGUAAAGUUGAUAACUCUAAUGAGAAUAUCUUAUUGUUUCUAUUCCUUUGAUGACCAAAGAGGUAAAGUGGAAGUCAUCCUUAUUAUUAAAAUGCAGUCCUCCAAACAAAUUUUGGAAGGUUUCUUUUUCUUCCUUCAAUCAAUUUAUUGCCCAUAAUUUCCAAGAAAACGUGGGUAUAAAAACACAUGAGAAAAUGUGAUAGUGAAGUCAUAUUUACAAAAAUGAGCUUGUCUCCUCUUCGGAAGUAGCCAUUUAAAAUAUUUUGUGAAUGCAAAUUGUAAUUCUUAUUUGCAGUUUUACCAGUCUUCGUGAACAGUGACAAAACUGUAGAAUCUACAUCAACGCCUUAGUGAGAAAGGAUCAAAAGGUGUGGAAAUGAAUAUAAAAUGCAUCUAAACAUGACACUGAAUUUGUUUAUAAAAAUAAGAGUAAAUAUAGAGUAAUUGAUUUAGGAGGCUGUUGUUUUUAUAUUGUGUAAUAACUCACGUACUCUGAAGAGAGCUUGGUCAAACAAUAAAAUACAUUGUUACUAACUUGGUUUCUGUGUACUUUGCAAAAAUUCUAUUUUUAAUUUUGUUCAUAUGUUGAAUGUGCUCCAAAUUGGCAUCUUAAAGAGAAUAGUAAGCAUCUAUUAACCAAAAGGACUUCUACCCUUAUAAUAAACGAAAGGGAAAUAUUGAUGCACAAAAACCCUAAGUGCCAAGUUAAUGGAUCCUCUGCUUUCCCUUUCAAAUGCUAGAAAGCCACUGUAAUGAGUUCUUGCAGUUUAGCAUCCAGUCUAAGCUACCGCAUUGUUUAAAGAGCAGCCUCAAGGACAGUUUCUCCAAACUGUAAUUCUCUUUGUCAAAUCUUGUACUUUAAAAUUCUACAAUUCUGUUUCACUGUUGCUUAAAUCACUUACUGCUCAGAGCCAUUUUGCUGCAGCAGUUUCCAAGUGUUUAACUUGGCUUUAGUAUUUAUCAGUUGCCAGAAAGAAACAGGUUGUCAUUUGGAAGAUUUCAUGGUUUUUUUUUUUUUCUCCUCAUUUUAUUCUUUAGAUAAAAACAGUACCCCAAAAUGGAAAAUGAAAAUUGUUACGAAGCAAAGAGAAAGAACACCCUUGUUAAAACCAGCUCAUUAACUAUUCUCAGUCAAAUGCAUUUUUUUCUAACAACUAAAUAUGGAUGUUUUGAAGGUGCAUUUUAAUUUAAACAUGGAACAGAUUUUUUUAAUAAUUACAAACUAGAAUGUAAAAUUAUAAUUUUCCUACAACUUAAAGAGCACAGUUGAUAUCCCAAAGGUGUUGAUGCUUAGAAGCUAGUUAUUCUAAAUGCACUAAAAUUUUUGAGGCAAAUCUACCUUAGAAGCUUUUUUGGUAUUGUAUUUUUAAAAAUAUUUAGAUUUUAUUUAAAUUUAUUGUGAGUUAAAUUCUGUAUUUGGAAAGAUGUUCAUGUCUUCCCCUCUGUAUUGAAUAUGUUUCUCAUUUUUAAGCAGAUAUUUUAUAGAAAUGAGUUGUUGGGAAGAAUUUAACAUGCACUAUUUAUAGUACUUUGCCGUUAACAGGCAAUGUUCUGAAACUAAAUUUAUUUUUGUUCAGUGAACAUAAGUUUAGAUUUUUAAAUCUGGUAGAUAAUUUAUCUCCACUAAUAUUUUUUUAAGAAACUGUGAAGAUAACAGGGAAUAAUUUUAUUUCAGAUUUUACUAAUGUAGUAUGUAGCUACAACUUCUUGAAAUUCAAGUUAAGGCUAGACUUAUACUUUGAAAAAAUUCCACUUGGUGUUUCCAGGGCUAUUUCAUUUUAGAAAUAAGUGUUUGCCAUUCAUCUGCAAAAAGUGGACAAGGGGAAUAUUACAAAAAAUAUUCAGAAAUAAACCUCAUUUUAAGUUCUACAAAAUAUUUAUCAAAUGAAUGUUAAUAACUUUAAUUCCCUGCUAAAGACGUUUUCAUUAGUCUUACAGGGUAUAUGCUUUCUAGAACUUGUUUUUGUUAACAUGUGCUUUGAUGUAAAGAACAUAUUUUGUAUGCAAAACAUAACGCAUUAUGGUUGUAAAAUACACUAUAUUGUUUAGGGAUUCCAGAAAGCAGUUUAAUGCUGAAAUAACCAUAUCUAGUAUGCAGUUCAUAUUGUCAAUGAAGCUUUGCUUUUGUAAUAAAUAAAAAAGACUUUCUAAUGA